AUGACGCAUAGACUUUCGCGUCUUACAAGAUUCGGCAUCCUUGUGCCGACAUAUCCUUGCCAUUUCAUUCGUUCCCAUGGCACACUAAAGCGCAGUCCUCGGGUUCUUGAUGCACCACAUAUCUCCUGUGCGCGUGAUCCUGGACAUGUUUACGAAGUUGCAGCAGAGCUUCAGUCUUCCGGUCUACUCAAGAUCUGUCUGGGCUUUCCCGAUGAAUCUUCUGACUACCUUCGGGAUCUUAUCUUGAGUAUGCACAAGCAUCAUGGUCAUCACUUGCCGAUUACUCAUAGUGCGACAAGAGGCUGGUUCUGGGAUGUGCGGCCGAAACCAGCCGCCGCUACAGGAGUUCAUCAGGCUCGCUCUGAAACUAUGAGUGAAUUCUCAUGGCACACCGACUGUAGCUACGAGGAUCCACUGCCGCGAUACUUCGCGCUCCAGGUUCUACAACAUGAUCGGUAUGGAGGUGGCACCCUCUCUGCGAUGAACGUAGCCAGCCUCAUUGGGUUUCUAUCACCGGAAACACGAAAAGCCUUGAUGGCGCCCGAGUUUCGAAUGCAAAUCCCACCGGAGUUCAUAAAAGACCCUGAGAAAUCAUUUAUUACUGGCAGCAUUCUCGUCCCGGAUCCACACUCAAUAAUUAUUCGCUACAGGCACGAUAUUAUUGAGCCACUAACUACUCGGGCUGCAAAGGCACUUGAAGAGCUGAGCGCAGUAUUGGUGCGGCGCGAAGCACAGGCGUCUUCAACAAUGCAUCUGAAGCCCUCUGAACUGCCAAAGGGGUCGAUUAUCUUGAUGGACAACCGCCGAUGGAUGCAUGCUCGGAAUGAAAUCAGGGAUCCAGAGCGCCACCUUCGGAGGGUGAGAUGGGAUGCACGAACAUUCAGUAUCUCCAAUCGGGAUACUUAG